UCAGCAACGAUGCCUUCAGUUCAGUAUCUGAGAGAGUUUAUCAACGAGCGACUAACUGCUGCUGCUGAACAAAUAUUCUUGGAGUUUGAAAAAACGAUCGUCCAGUACGAGGAAGAGAUCGACCGUCAGCGCAGACUGCUGGAUAUCACCUGGAAACCCCAAAUCAAGCUGCACAGGACAGACGUCCCACAGCAGCAGGUCUGUGAGGAGGAGGAGGAGGUUCUCCCUGAGCAGCAGCUCUGGAACCAGGAGAGGAGCUCCAGUGUGGAGCAGGAGGAACCAGAAGCUUCACAGAUUAAAGAGGAAGAGGAGGAACUGUGCAGCAGUCAGCAGGGAGAGCAGCUGGGACUGAAGGAGGAGCCUGAAGUUCAUAAUGAUCCUGUGCAGUACGAGGAAGAGAUGGAGCGUCAGCGCAGACUGCUGGAUAUCACCUGGAAACCCCAAAUCAAGCGCACAGGACAGGUGAGUGUCCCUCUGAGGGAGGAAUUUUACUCAUGGGCCGUUUCUCAAUACUCGUGCAGCCAGUCCAGACUUCGUAAGUUCACACGGGAGUCCGGACUUCCCGAGAGUGCGAGAAAACGGCGCGAUCAUUCCACAGCUGAGCAGCAGCGUACUUGAUGACAUCACACAGAGUUUUUACUGCAUCCCUGCUGAACUGUGAUUAAUAUUUGCAAUGGAAAUUACACGUGACGUAGUAGAUUUCUUUAAGAAAAAAGAUGUAUCAAAAAGGUAUUUUGAGCACUUGAUCUGUUUCAUAAUGUCUAAUAAGCUUCAUGAAGGAAACACAAGCUUAAUCUCUCUUAAUAAAAAUAGCAUACAUGCAUGCACAGCUCACGCUGCUUAUUGAGUAAAAACAAGCAGGUGGGACGUUAGAACGCUGCUAUUUUAUUUUUGCAGACCCCUAAAAUCAACACUGGACUGCUGGGGUUUGGAAGAGAAUCGAUAUUAAAAACCUAAUUUGAUCAAUGCUGCAGCAGCCUUCAGCUGUUCACAUGUGUCAGCAUGUUGUUUCUGCUCCCGGAGGAAAGGUUUCCUUCGAAUUCAAAGAUUUUUAAUGUUAAUCAGCUGUUACUUACGUUUGUGUUUAAAGAAGAACAGCACAUUUUACAUGAGGGGACAUGACGGCCCCGAGAGCAAAUAUCCAUUGAAACAAUGUUAAAUCGACAUCAGGCAGUUCUGUUGGAACAGCGUUAGUCUGAUAUUGAAUCACUGUUGAACUCUGAUGGUGGUUUUCCAUCACUUUUCACUUGGUUACUAUUGAAACACUAAAAUCAUAAUUAAAAAUCAACUUAAUGGGCAUUUCUACCAACACUAAACCAGCGCAGAUUACCAUCAAUACCUAACCCUGCAAAAAGUACAAUCGUGAUCCACAAACAGGAAACCGAUUAUAUGCUGGACGUUAUCCUACAAUUUGUCAAGUCCAUAAUAACGUCUCUGUAAUAUGAAGCAUCUGUAAUUUAAAAAAUGACAGACGUCUCUGUAUCAAUAACAAAGUAAUUUAUUAUUAGGGCUGUGCGAUAUGACCAAAAUCUCAUCUGUCGUCCGAUAACGAU